CCUUCAAACAUCACUUAACUGGAGCGUGAGUUAUACCACAGAUAAACCCGUGGAGUUACCCGGAGACAUAACGGUGUUCAUUUUCAAUCACACAGAAAUAAGUUCUCCUCGCUGCCAUGGGGGAUAGAUGGAUACAAUUCCUCUCAUCUCUAUCGCUUCUCUUUCUCCUGGAAUGGACGCAAAUAUCAGCUUUCAACCUGGACACAGAAAACGUCCUGAUAAUGAACGGAGAGCCCGGGAGCCUUUUUGGCUUCUCUCUCGCUAUGCACCGGCAGUUAGAUCCGGUGGAUAAGAUAAUGUUGCUGGUUGGUGCUCCGAAGGCCAAAGCUCUAGGAGGUCAGAAGUCAAAGGUCACAGGAGGACUCUACAACUGUGACACCACUUCCUCCAGCUGUAAACGUGUGGAGUUUGACAACAAUGAGAACCUGAAAACUGAGAGUAAGGAGAACCAGUGGAUGGGUGUAACAGUGAACAGCCAGGGACCAGGAGGAAAGAUUGUGACGUGUGCCCACCGCUACCAGAUGCGUCUGUUUGUGAGCACGCCCCAGGAAUCUCGUGACAUCACAGGGAGGUGUUAUGUGCUGAGCCAGGACCUGACAAUCAAUGCCCAGUCUGAUGAGGACGGAGGGAACUGGAGGUUCUGUGAGGGGCGGGCACGUGGGCAUGAGAGGUUUGGCUCAUGCCAACAGGGUCUGUCUGCCACCUUCACUAGGGACUAUGAAUACCUAGUGUUUGGAGCUCCUGGAGCAUACGACUGGAAAGGUAUGGUGAGAGUAGAGCAUAAGAACAACACUCUGUUGGAGAUGCGUUCGUAUAAAGACGGGCCCUAUGAGGUGGGUGAUGAGAACCAGUUAAACCCAGACCUGGUCCCUGUGCCCCCUAACAGCUACCUGGGCUUCUCUCUGGACUCGGGGAAGUACAUCACUAAGAAGGGUCAGCUGACAGUGGUUGCAGGGGCUCCGAGAGCCCAUCACAGUGGAGAGGUGGUGUUGCUAAAGAAGGAGUCCGAUGUAUCCUCCAUGCUGUCACCAGAGUACAUCCUGGAAGGGGAGGGGCUAGCCUCAUCGUUCGGCUACGACCUUGCUGUGGUGGAUCUCACUGGAGACGGGUGGCAGGAUAUCGUGGUGGGAGCCCCUCAGUUCUUUGAGAAGGAUGGAAAGGUGGGCGGGGCUAUUUAUGCCUAUAUUAACAAGGGCGGAGUCUGGAGUAAGCUCACACCCACCAGGAUAGACGGACCUCAGGACUCCAUGUUCGGACUGGCUGUAGAAAACCUGGGAGAUCUCAACUUGGACGGUUAUCAGGACAUUGCUGUGGGAGCACCAUAUGAUGACAAUGGGGCAGGGAAAGUGUUCAUCUACCAUGGCUCAGCUCAGGGCAUUAAUAUCAAACCUGCACAGGUGUUGUCAGGGGUGCCAUCAAAGACGAGGUUGUUCGGUUAUUCUCUAGCUGGUAACAUGGACCUGGACAGGAAUUCCUACCCUGACCUGGCCAUAGGAUCUCUCUCCGACUCUGUGUUUGUCUACAGAGCUCGGCCAGUCAUCAACAUCCAGAAGGUUGUCAAGACAGUGCCAAAGGAGAUUGAUCUGACUAAGAAGAACUGUGGCAACAGCAUUUGCUUGGAGGUAGAGGCCUGUUUCUCCUACACAGCCAACCCUAAAUCCUAUAACCCCAAACUGACGGUAGCGUACUCCUUUGAAGCGGAGGUGGAGCGUAGGAAGAAGGGUCUUCCCCCCAGAGUAACCUUCUCCACACGUUCCAGCGAGGACCAUGACUACGAGUCCACUGGUGUUCUCACCCUCAGUGCACAGGGCAAGAAGGAGUGUGUCACCGCCAAACUCACUCUACAGGAGAACAUUAAGGACAAGCUUAGGGGAAUCCCCAUCGAGGUUACCGUGGAGAUACAGAACUCCAAAAGGAAGAGAAGAGCGCUCCCAGGGCUCAUGCCCAUCCUCGACUCCAACCAGCCUAUCACGGCCCGCGCUGAGGUGAGUUUCCUGAAGGAAGGAUGUGGCAGUGAUAAUGUGUGUCAGAGUAACUUACAGCUUCAGCACCGCUUCUACUACAGAGAACCCAACAAGGACAUCUUCAUUCUACUACCUGUGGAGAAUGGGGUGCCAGUGGUCUCCCUUAGCGACCAGACGGACAUCGCCCUGGAGAUCACAGUGACCAAUCAGAAUGGAGAUGAUGCUCAUGAGGCGUCAUUGGUUGCCUCCUUCCCCUCCUCUCUCUCCUACUCCGCCUCCCGCUCUGCACCCAACGCAGACAGGCAGGUGACCUGUGUGGCCAAUAAGAAUGGCUCUCAGGCAGACUGUGAGCUGGGGAACCCCUUCAAGCGAGACUCAGAGGUGAAGUUCUACAUCAUCCUGAGUACAGCAGGCAUCUCUCUGAACACCACAGAGCUGGAGAUAGACCUGAAGCUGGAGACGACAAGUGACCAGCAGAAGGUGGGCGGAGUCAAGGCCAAGGCCAAAGUGGUGAUCGAGCUGCAGCUGUCCCUCACAGGAGUGGCCAAGCCCUCCCAGGUCUAUUUCACUGGAGAGGUCAAAGGUGAGAGCGCCAUGAAGUCAGAGGGAGACAUCGGCAGCCCGAUCGAGUACGAGUUCAGGGUGAUCAACCUAGGGAAGCCCCUGAAGACCUAUGGCACCGCCUCCCUGAUCAUCAAUUGGCCGAAGGAAACCGUGGAGGGGAAGUGGAUCCUGUACCUGGUGAAGAUUGACUCCCAAGGUCUGGAACAGAUCACAUGCUCUCCAGAGAGAGAGAUCAACCCACUCACUGUCAAAGAGGAGAGGAGCAGUAGCAGGAGGAGGCGGGCUGUAGGGGAGACAGACAAACCUGAGGGAACCAUCGCACUGCUGACUGACAAGAGGAAAUACACUACUCUGUCGUGUGAGGAUGGGGCAAAGUGUGUGGAGAUUCGCUGCUCCAUAAAGGGCCUGGACAGUAAUGCAGUCAUCCUGCUCAGGGCUCGCCUCUGGAACAGCACAUUCCUGGAGGAGUACUCCAAGCUGAACUAUCUGGACGUGAUAGUGAAAGCCUCUCUCAGAGUGGACGGCACAGCUAAGAACAUGGUCCUGAGGAACCCUGAGACACAGGUGAGAGUGACAGUGUUCCCAGAGCGUCGUGUGGCUCAGUACGGAGGACUGCCAUGGUGGAUCAUCCUGGUGGCCAUCUUGUUAGGACUGCUGCUGCUCGGCCUGCUGGUCUUCCUGCUCUGGAAGUGUGGUUUCUUCGGGAAGAAGAAAGAGGAUGCCCCUCCCUCUGACAAAGAGCGAUUGACGCCGUCUGAUGCAUAAAGAGAGAAAGAGAGAGAAAGACGCUGUCAGUCUCUGGGGUAAACACAUCUAUACCCACCUUCAGUGUACAUGCCUGUUGGGGCACAGAGUGGCAUGAAGGAUGGACGGGCACAGUGGCAGACUAACUCCAUCGCUGGAGAGGAAACCGCUUUUUCUAAUAGACAGACAGUAAAGGGGCUCAGAGCUACGAAAUAAAAUGCAGUGCUAUGAUGAUGACUACUAUGAUGUUGGAAUGGAUGGAAUGAAAUGUUAAUUUCUGUAGAAAGCACUUCACGUUUCUGCUUGGAAAUGUUCUUCUUUCCAACUGUUAUUGCUGAGUUAUGGACUGUCUACAUGCAUGGCCAUCUGGGAUUAAUGCUUUGGUUGAAAAUCAUUAUGAAAUGUUCAUCUAUCGCUCCAAAGACCCUCUGGGUUGGAUCUUUGUGUUCUGCAGCUCUCUCUCUGGUUUCUGGUACUGUAGUUGCUAUAGGAACUUCAAGCACUUCCUUUUCCUCUCUCAAGGUUCCUCGACUGCUCUCAUUCUGGUUUAUAGCAGCUUUCUGUAUAUAGGACUAUUGGUGGCUCUGUAAAAGCACUCGCAGCUCCAUACUUAAAGGGAUAGUUCACCCCUAAAUCAACCUUUCUCAGACACUUUCAUAUUUUGAAUUCAUAGAUUGAGUUUGGGUAAUGAACUAUUCCUGUAAUGGUGGUGAGAGGUUUAACGCUCCAAAUACGACGACAGCACAUUCCCAGCUACAAUGCGUUGCGGAUCAAAAAGAAGGAGAAAGACCAACUGGAAAUCCUGGAAAAGAAAGCCUGCAUAACAAGCUGGAAUGAGAAUGAGUUACUCUUAAUGAUGGCAGAAUGCUGGAGCGCCCAUUCCUACAGACAUCCCAGAGACACACAGAAUUCCUACCUAACAUUCCACAGUCUUCCUCCAACCAUUCCAAGGCUUGUCUCCGCAGUGUGGACAUUUGAUUGUACAUGGAAAUACAAAAGGAAUGUCAAAAAGCUUUAUUAGUGGACUUUAAAGAGGAAUGAUGAUGCUGCAAUAGCAGUUUAGAUAAGGUAAAAUAAGACACUUGAUCAAAUUGUCCCUUUUUGGGAUCAAUUAAGUAUUAUAUUGUCUGAUUUUAUUUUAUCUUGAUAGUGACAUCCAUGUUGAUCACUGGACAGAAAGAAGAUCGUUUUUUUGUGUGUGUUCUUCUUGUACAUUUUGGGUCAAGAACCCCAGUUCUCUCUCUUUCAGAGCUCUGGACAUUGUUUUGUAAAUGUACGCCUAUGGUAUAGGAUGGAGGGUUUUUGUAUACAUUUUUUAGAUUGUUUAAUUCUUUGGAGUCUAAGACAUUGGGGUGGGGUGGGGUGGGGUGCUAAGCUGACAUGGAAUUGUUUUAAGAUGGUCAUACUAUGGAUCAUUUAGCUAUUUGAUUUUUAGGAACCCUUUGGGUAUAAAAAAAGUAAUACAUUAAAAAUAUAUUUGAUAAAAUAUUGAUUUUGACCUUUACUACUAAAGCCCAUAGGAAUGCA